AUGGCGUGCGCAAACUUUGUCCGCGAGUGCUUUGAGAGGUCGUGUGUGGGACAUGACAAGACCGUCCUCUCCAACCUCCAGAUCGUCGAGGCGCGGCCGGGGUAUGUCAAGUGUAUCCUGCCAAUCAAGGCGCAUAACCUCAACUCGAUGGGGACGACGCAUGGCGGGUGCGUCAUGUCGCUCGUCGACACCGUGACAUGGCUCUCGAUGGCGACGGUCGGCCUCCCAGAGAUCGGGAGCGUGAGCACCAACAUGAGCUGCGAGUUCGUCAAGCCAUGUGGCCGCGAAGGCGACGAGCUCGUAUGUGAAGGCUUUGCCGUGCAGCAGGGCCGCCGCCUCGCAUUCACGCGCGUCAACUUUUACGUCAACGGCAAACUGUGUGGGUUCGGCUCGCACACACAGGCCGUGGACCCGCACAAGUGGACGCACAAGUUCUCGGCGGACGGCGAGACGCUGCUCCCAGUCGAGGCCAAGCUCUAG